UGUUCGAACGCAUUAUCCCGUUCGUUCAUUGUGUACUACUGGAUUCUCACACCGCAGCAUCCGUUCACGUGUCUUCACCCCGAGUGCUGUCUCUCUCCUUCCUCUCUGCUACGGCUGGGUGAGGCGGGGGGCUACUGCCGCCGCCUAACGCCAGGUUCCGAGGCCUUCGUCGGUCUAUUUGCCGGCGAUGAACAUCCACCAGGGAUGGUUGCAACAAUUUGGGCAUAGCGUUGGUAUCAGUGGUUCGAAGAUGGUUCUCCAUAUGACCCACAAUGUAUUCAGUUUUCGAUGCUUUGCUGCCAAUGGGCGUGGCUUCAGUGCGGAUUCUACCAAUAAGAGAAAAAUUAAAAGCAAGAAGAGGCGAAAGGAUGUUGCACUGGAAUCAAGUGAGGUAAUAUCUGGAAAUCCAAGGAACAGGGACCAAUGGGUGCCAGAAUUAAGAACUGAAAGUGAAAACAAAUCUGGUAAAAAAGUCAUGGAUAAGAAAUUUUUGGAAAAAGUGGAAGCGGUUCGAAGGUCUGCUCUUGAGAAAAAGAAAGCUGAAGAGAACAAAGAUUAUCAAGCUAUUGAUUAUGAUGCUCCAAUUGAGUCAGAUAAAAGUACUAUUGGCUUUGGUACUAGGGUUGGAAUUGGUGUUGCAGUUGUUAUAUUUGGACUAGUCUUCGCUUUUGGGGAUUUCCUGCCUUAUGGAAGUGUUAGCCCUAGCAAAGAAAGUGCAGUAGUUAAACAAAAGCUUUCUCAAGAGGAAGAAGAAAAAUUUAAGAAUGCACUGCAAGGCUUUCAAGCAACGCUGAGUAAGUCGCCUAAUGAUCCUACUGCUCUUGAGGCUGAGGGGAAUGCCAAGAGCAAUGUGAAGAAAAGCAUCAGGGGUGCAGCAGUAUCGUUGUCCGAACUAGGUGAGUAUGAGAAGGCAUCAACAUUCCUUGAGAAGCUAAUUAAGGUAAUCCCUGAUAAAGCAGAAGCAUACCGUUUGCUUGGUGAAGUAAAGUUUGAACUCAAGGAUUAUGAAGGGAGUUCAUCAUCAUACAGAAGUGCUUUAUCUGUGAGUAAAUCUUCAUCAGAUAAUAUUGAUUUUGAAGUUCUCCGUGGACUGACAAAUUCAUUACUUGCUGCUAAGAAGCCAGAUGAGGCAGUUGAUAUAAUUCUGUUAUGCCGUCGAAAGUUGAAUGAAAAGAGUCAAACAGGACUAGCAGAUUUGGAGGCUACAAAUGACAAUGGUCGCCAAAAGCCUCAAGAUAUUGACCCGAUCCAAGUUGACCUGCUUUUAGGGAAGGCUUAUUCCGAUUGGGGUCAUAUCAGUGAUGCUAUUUCUGUCUACGAUAAGCUAAUAACUGAUCAUCCUGAAGACUUCCGUGGUUAUUUAGCAAAGGGAAUCAUAUUAAAGGAAAAUGGUAAAGCAGGUGAUGCAGAAAGAAUGUUUAUUCAGGCAAAAUUCUUCGCCCCGGAGGCAGCGAAGGCACUAGUUGAUCGCUAUGCGCAAAGAUAGUCGAUAAGAGAUUGAAUGGUGUUGUUUUAAACCAAUGAGAUCAUUCGGAUUCCAGAAAAACGAUCAACAUGUUUGGAACGUCUUGUAUGAUAGCAACAUUAUGGGAUCUGGGACAUUUUGAAUUGUAUUGUUUUAGAACAGGCCUGACGCAGUAUCGAAAAAAGCCUUCCCACUGAGACAAGAGAUUCUGGGUUCGACAGUCUCUGAAAAAAUGCAGGGCAAGCCCUGCCCUUGGUUAUUCCUUCUUUCUGAAAAAAAUGCAGGGUAAGCCUUGCCCUUGGUUAUUCCUUCUCUCUGAAAAAAUGCUGGGUAAGCCUUGCCCUGGGUUAUUCCUUGCUCAGACCUCGCUCACGCGGAAGCCGCCAGCAGCCCUUUUAUUGCUUUAGAACAGCAGAAAUGAAACAUGUAUGCUUUGCCUGGGAACAAUGCUCAGUUAAACAUUUUGAUAUACGUGUUUAGUCCAUUAUAUAAAAAAUUAUUUCGAUGUGUUGGAACAAA